AUUUUAUUUUUGUGUGUGUGUUUUUCAAAUGGGCCCAAAACGUCAGCUAUGAACUUCAGCUCAUUUGGGUUUUGACCGAUCGGGUGGGCUAUCGAUCAUAGAACCACCGUUCAGUAAUGAAGUCUCCGAUCAACUCAAACUCCGGCAGCGCUACAGAUGAUGAUGAAUCCGCCACCAUCUCCGACGAAUACGACGCCACUACGGAGACGGAUACGGACGUUGUAAGUAAAGAUGGCGCCGUUGAGUCUGUAUCGACUCCCUUCCGUCAAGGAGAGAAAGUCUUGGCUUAUCAUAACCUUCGCAUUUACGAAGCUAAGGUGCUAGAAGUUGAUUCCAAGGAAAAGCGUUAUUACAUCCAUUAUCUAGGGUGGAAACAAAAAUGGGAUGAAUGGGUAGGCAUUGAUCGUCUCAUGAACAUAAACAAUGAGAAUCUUCAAAAACAGAAAGCACUCGAGAAUGAGUUGAAGCCCAAAAACCCGAAUAUGACAAAGGGCAUGAAGAGGAAAACCAUGUCCAAGGGCACUGUGUCUUAUGAAAAGCUGAUUGAUAUCCAUAUACCAUCAUCACUGAAGAAGCAUUUGGUGAAUUAUAGUGAAUAUAUAACUCAUAUGGGGAAGCUUGUUAAACUUCCAUGUUCUCCAAAUGUUGAUGACAUAUUGAAGAUGUAUUUGGAGCAUCGAUCAAACAAGGAUGGAAGGGAAUUAGAUUUAGCUGGAGAAGUUGUAAGUGGAUUACGUUGCUACUUUGAUAAAGCUUUGCCUGCAAUGCUUCUUUACAAAACUGAAAGCCAACAGUAUCAACAAGCAACUGCAAACCAAAUUUCUCCUUCUAAAAUUUAUGGAGCUGAACAUUUGUUACGUCUUUUUGUUAAAUUGCCUGAGAUACUUUACAAUGCUAACAUUGAAGAGGAGACAUUGAGAGAACUACAACACAAUUUACAAGACUUUCUCAAGUUCCUUCAGAAGAAACAAAGUUUGUUCUUCCUAUCCACCUAUGAGACACCAGAUGGUUCUUGUACAAUUGAGUAAAAUUGUGGGUAAGUGGAUUGAAUCAUGUUUUGUUGUAAUGUAAGUAUGUUGCUGUUGUUUUAAUUGUAAGGUAUACUUUAUAAAUUGUGGGUAGGUGGAUUGAAUCAUCUUUUGUUCUUAUAUUUAAGAAAAUUGUGAUGUUUGAUUUUAUAUAUAAUUUGACAAAAGCAUCUGACUAUUGAAGAAA